AAACACCACAGCAAAAGCAUUUUCGGUUGUAGUAUCAGCACACAGUAUUCCUGCAUUAUUACCAUUUUUGAAAGCAACAUGUAAAAGUAUUUGUGAACAUUAUGGCAAAGGACUUGCUGCAUUUUUAAAAGAUAUGAGAUUUAUUACUCCGCUUGUGGAUUCAGAAGAUAUUGAUUAUUAUAUUGAUUCAGGAAUUUCAAUCACCGCAUGA